AGCUGAAGCCAGGACAGACACACAACAUCCAGGGUGUAGUUUCCCUCUUUGUGGUUAGUGGCUUCUACUUCAUUCUGCAGCGCUUCCUCUCCCUGCCCCUCUGACCACCCAAUUCAAGUCAGACAGAUGAAGAAGGCAGGACGGACCCACCAGGCAGCACGCUUCUCUCCUGGACAGGCCAGCACAGAGCUCUGAGCACACCCUGGACCGCGGUGCCAUGAUUAUCUACUGCCUCGUGAUACUCUUCAUCUCCUCUCUCUUGUCAUCUCAAUGCAACUUUCUUGCAGCUUUCCUCCAGCUGCUACCGUUGGCUGUGUCCUUUGCAGACCCUCUGCCAGCCCCUAUACUGUCCACAGACCCCAGACAUGAUGUCUAUUACGAAGGGGAAUCUGUCACAUUGAAAUGCUUGGCCCCGACAUUGAGGAAAAUAAGAGGAUUUCGUUUCUUCAAUCAAACUGGGGAGCAAAUAAACCAAACAGCAUCCUUCUCCGAUCUGACUGCUUUGUUUAAGCUUACAGCUACAAAAGCAUCUUCUGGGGAGUACACGUGCAUGUACUUUCUGAAGGAGUCCGGACGAGAAAUUCCUUCCAACAGGAGCCUUCCUCUUUCACUUAAGGUUCAGGCUGCUCCCAUGGCCCCAACUUUAUCCCUGGAUCCUCAGCAGCAGGUCUAUAGACCUGGGAACCACGUCAAUCUGCUCUGCUCCUUCCCCUCAUCUCCAGAUGACGUUAAACAAGUCCAGUACUAUGCAGACUUUGGACUUGCAGUCUCCGUCCCAGUAUCGAACGUGAAAAACUACAGCUUCAACCUCAGGAUCACGGGAGAGGCAGACUCUGGGUCUUACAGUUGUGCCUAUUUUGUAAAUAAGGCUGCACGUCCCGUUCGCUCAGAAUUGAGCCGCAGUGUCAUUGUCUAUGUAAAAAGGGGGACGACGUUGCAUCAUGGUGAAGCCACCAUUAAUUCCUUCCCAGGCCAUAAAAUCAGCUGGAUUCGAGAGAUCAUUGUUGGAGGUUUGUUCUUUACCAUCAAUGGCCUCAUCUUUUUCUUCUCCCACUGCCUGAUGAAGAGAAGAGAGGUUGGAGAAGGAAUGGAAGGCAGAGAGCAGGAUGAGAAGAAAGAAGGUGGAAAGAGAGCCCCCAAAGCAGAACAGGUCCUUUGGUCCCAUCUCCACUGUGCUCCAAGGACUCGCAUCUUCUCUCCCGGGAUCUUUGCAAGGACCUGCGCCCGUCUCCUCCAAUUUUCUGGUUAUUUGUGCAUCAGACAUUGAGAAUUUCGCCACUUACUUACUUACUCAAGGCUGCAAAUGCACGAGCCCUUCCUGUAUGAAAACUAGCAGGAAAAGCUGUGGUCUGAAACAGAAAUACAAACUGAUGAGCUCAUCAUCCUACAUCAGAUUAAACAAAAAAGAGCUGCAAGAAGAAGGAAAUACAGUUUGGGGGGGGGGGGGUGUGUGCAGGUUUUCACAUUGCCUGUGCUCAGGAGCUGGCAGAAGAAGUGCGUGGGGCUGGGACCCCCCGCGGCACGCUAGGAAAUGUGGGUUCCCCCAUCAUGGCAGCACGCCGGAGCCCGCGGCACCGGUGGGCACGCACAGGGCCCCCCGUCCUGAGGGGGUAGAGGAGGCAGCACCAGCCUCGUCUUCCUCCCUGUCAGGGCACCGUCAGGACUAUCCCCUCCACCG